AUGACCGAGCACUCGCCAACCGCUCCGGACCAGGCCAUCAACCAUGCCGCAUCCAUCGACUACUGGAACUCGGUCGAGUCCACCGUCAAUGGCAUGCUCGGCGGCUUCCCCCAGGUCUCGCGCAUAGACCUGCAAGGCUCGUCCAUCUUCUACAACAAGCUGCGUCGCGUCGCCGGGCUCAAGGCCGGCGAGCUUCUCCCGCACGCCGUCGACUGUGGCGCCGGCAUCGGCCGCAUCACCUUUGGCUUCCUCUUGAAGAUUGCCGAGUCCGUCGACAUCGUUGAGCCCGUGCAGAAGUUCACCGACCAGCUGAAGGAGACCGAGGGCUGCAAGGAACUCAUCGCCGCCGGCCGCAUCGGCUCCAUCGCCAACGUCGGCCUGGAGAACUGGACCUUGGAUGCCCCGUACAAGUACAACCUGAUCUGGAACCAGUGGUGCGUCGGCCACCUCACAGACGCCCAGCUGGUCGAGUACUUCAAGCGUUGCCAGGAACACCUCGCCGAGGGAGGCUCCAUUGUCGUCAAGGAAAACCUGAGCACUGACCUCAAUGGCGAGGACAUCUUCGACGACGAGGACAGCAGCGUGACCAGGACGGAUGAGAAGUUCCGGAAGAUUUUCGAAUUGGCUGGCCUGGACAUCUUCCUUACCGAGGUCCAACGGGGUUUUCCGAAGGGCUUGUUUCCCGUCAGGAUGUACGCUCUGCGCCCAAAAAAGCAGCCUGUUGAUUGA